AGAUAUCCAGCCAUGAAGCAGCUUCCCGUGAUCUUCUUAUUCAUGUUCCUAUCUCAAAGUAAUUGCGAAUCGGGGACGAUUGAUAAGCAUGCAGAAUACAACGAGAUCAAUGCACCAGCUGAUGAUUCAGUUUUGGAUGACAAAGGAGCAGAAAACAAGGUACUUGAAGACGCACUGCGGAGCUUCAAUCUCAGUGCACAAACCAAAUUGGCGGCCACUGGCAACAAGAGCAAUUCACUUUCUAAUACAUCGGAAAUCUACUGCGAUGACGAGUGCCAGAAAUUGCGUAAAUCUGCCGGAGAUCUAAAAAGAACUAGGAGAUGGACGCCAAGUCAGAUCACAAGAUCUUCUUGCAAGCUAACUCUUGUCCGUGAAAUCUGUGACCCAGCAGGGAAAGAAAUCUCACGAGGAAAACUAAGCAUGUGUAGAACAUGCCGCAGAGUCUACAGGGUCAGCGAUAACUGUUACCCAAGAUACCUUAAUGCAGAAAUUUGCGAAGAGAGUAACGAUGGUUGUGCUUUCGAUAAUGGUAGACCACAAGGCACAUGCAUCUCUACUAAGUCUCUAGUAACAAUAUUGCGAAAUGUAGGAUGCGACAACUGUGAGAAACUUCUGCCUGAAAACCUCGAGAUACCAAGUGGUUGCCAAUGUGCGCUCGAAAAGCACUCGGUUUCAAGCGCAACAGAUGUUGCAUAAUGGGAUGACUGCGGUACAAUCCAUCAAUCCGGCAGAGAAUCCUACCCAGUAAAUGAUAAUUCGCAUUAUCGUUAACA